CGCUCCCCUGGCCACACCCUCCGCCUGCACUCGGCUACCCCGCCGCCGUCCGUCCCCGAGGCUGCAGGCUCGGACCCCAGCUCUGACCCCAGCUCUGACCUCUGGGGACAGCCCCAGGGGGAGGGGCGAGGCCCCCGAUCUACUCUUGUGCCCCAGACCUCUCCUCCGUGCCCUGUGGGGUCAGUGCUGGCAGAUGUCGCCCUCUGGCCGCCUGUGUCUCCUCACCAUCAUUGGCCUGGUUCUCCCCACCAGAGGACAGAUUUUGGAGGGGGCCACACUCAGUUCUCCAGCAGACCCAAUCACUGCGAACAUUCAUGCCCUGACUCGAGCAUCAGGUGAGGAAAGACCAACAGACACCGUCCACCCAGAACUCCAGUCCACUCCUCAGUCCUCACCUCUGCAGACCGGUGAAACAACACAGAGCCCGGUGGCGAAGGAGACCCAGUCGCAGCACCCGGUGGGAACAGAUAUGCACCUGGCAACACAUCCACAGACGGACUGGAGCAGCACGGCAGCCGCUCUGUCUGCCGAUCCCACUAAAGGCACCACACUCUCCAAGAGGCAAACCUCGAGAAGAGAUGUCAGGACGGACCCUGUCCUCAAGCCGACUGGUGCGAGUGAAGACAACCCCUUCUCCUAUGAUGAGGAUGCUCUCCGGAAGCGGGGGCUGUUGGUGGCAGCUGUGCUGUUCAUCACAGGCAUCUUCAUCCUCACCAGUGGCAAGUGUAGUCGGUUGCCCCGAUUAUGCUGGAAUUAUGACAGGAAGGAACCCAGAUGUCCCCACAAAGACUUGUAUGUGAACGUAACAGCAAAAAACUGGAAACAUCCUAAAUGUCCUGCAGCAUAGGCUCCUGGAUGGGGGCUGGUCACCGGGAAGACCCAGUUAUGAUUAGGAGCUCGGAAAUCUUAGCCCCACUCCUCCUUCUUCAGGAAGAAGAGAGGGGCUGGAAAUUGAGUUAAUGGUUAAUCAUGCCUACAUGAUGAAGCCUCCAUAAAAAUCCCAAAAAGUACAGGGUUCAGAGAGCUUCCAGGUUGGUGACCACAUCCACACACCAGAAGGACGGCACACCCCAGCUCCACGGGGGCUGAAGCUCCUGAGCUCGGGACCCUUCCAGACCCUGGAAUAUAUCUUCAUGGUCCUGUUCAUUUGUGUCCUUUAUGAUAUCCUUUGUUGUAUAAUAAACUGGUAAAUGUGUU